AUGGAUCCAGUGGAGGCUGGCGACUGGAUAGCUGGCCGGCCCCUGCAACUUGUCUUCCUCACUGGGCUGGACUCGGCUAACAAACCUUAUCACAAAGAAAUUGUCGAUACAUUCCGGUAUCAAAAUUCUCGAGUCGCAGUUAGUAGAAUAAUUUCUCAGAAACCGUACUGAGGACAAACCUCCACUUCAAAUACGGGUUGUUAGCGGAGAGUUGGACAUUCCUCCAAAAAGAGAAUGCGGCCCGGAUAAGGGUUCGUCAGCAGAGUAGUCUUCGAGCCAUAUCUUUAAUUGUCAGGGAUUCUGCGACGGGAUUGGCCGAAAAAAUAUCUUGACAAGGUCCCAGCCUUAAUUGCCAUUUUUAUCGACUUGGAUUGGGAUCACGACUCCUGGGAGCAGAAGAAAACUGAAGCACAGAGCAAAGUAGCGAGCAUCAGAGCCUCCCUGCGGCACGGAACGAAGAUUGCGUUAAUUUUGAUUCAGAAAAGGCAAGUUUUCUGAUAGAAAUGAAAUAAAAAGUUUGAUUAUCUAGAAAGACACGUAGAGAAGUUGGGAAACGUCAUGUUACGAUUUCAGUGUGACGAGUCUUGACGACCAGAAAGCGGCAGAUCGGUCCGCCGAGAUCGAGCAUGCGUGUGCAUUGCAACGCAAGCAACUGCUUGUUCUUCCACUCACGGAAAUUCCAAAGUUCGUGCAAGGACUGGAGAACCAGUUCCACGAGAUGUGCCAAGGAUUCUAUCAGCUAAGACUGAAAACUAUUCGCUCGCGGAGCAUUCCGAACAACUCGCCGGCUCUCGUCGUCCGGCAGCAGUUCAAGCUAGCGUUCAUUUCAGAAUUGAGGCAGGAUACGCACACGGCUCUGAGGAAUUACAGACUUGCUUAUGAUCAGUGCAAGAACACGUUGGAGCAGUGGGAAGGAGUGGACAUGUUCGAAUGGAGAAGCGUCGUCGGAUUGCUCAAUUAUAAAGUAAGAUUUUCAAACUGUGGGUAUUUCUUUUGCUCACGCAUUGCUUGCUUUUUUCAGAUGUGUGAGCUGUGCUUCCUACACAGUACCGCUCUCGAAGCGAUCAGCCAAAUGCGGAAGCAUCAAACGGUCUUUUUUUCUGCUGCCCCUGGAAUUUAUCCAACUCCCAACCUCGCUUCCAUCGAACUUCUUCUUUGGAAAGCCAAGCAGUGCUACCACUUUGCACAACUCUUCGAGCGAGCCGUAGCUGGAGGACUCUCUGCCCUAGCGACCCUCAAUCCGGGAACUCAUCUCGAUCAAGCUGCGAGCAUUUUCUCGGCAGCGAAUACUGAGAUUUCUGCUCUGAAAAGAAGUGAGUUUUGCUAAAGAUUUACAUAAAUUUGCACAUUAUCAAUUAACAGAUACACCGAUUGGCACGCUGUAUCCGACACCGGAUCCUCUGGAAAAUACAGAAACAGUAUUCUUCGGACAACGCCCAUGGCGAGUAGGCUACGAAGGAUUGGCGUCGGCGGACAAGGAAGCUGCCGCGGUGACUGCCAUCAUCCAGAGAUUGGUAGUUAAUCACGACGGAGUAAUUUCUCUGCUCACGGCCGCGAUGACCCAGUAUAAGAAGUACGGAUGUGUGCGGAUGCAGAAAAAGAUCAUGAUAGAGAUGGCGAACACUUGCUACGCCAACAACGACAUCCCGAAAGCACUGCAACUGUGGGGAAUGGUGACAAGGGACACUGCUCUGCCGUAUUCGGUCCGGAAGGAUAUGAUGCAUCGUGCGACGUGGGCAUCCUACGCCAUCGCAAGCAUCCGAGAUUUCGUCGUCUGUAGCCUGCAGCUCAUGAGUCCCGAUUAUGCGGAAGUGCUUCCUUCCCAAUGCUCCACAGCCUUUGAGGAGAUUCUGUCCGGACAGAUACCAUGUACGCCGUUUCCGGGGGAUGAUGUUUCGCAAGCUCAGGUAAAUAUUCACCGUUCCUAAAGAAAGAGAUAACGUUCCGUUGCAUUCCAGCUCCAAUCGUACCAACAACAAUGGCAACACGUGCUCAAGGAUCGUCCCGAGUUCCUCAUUCAAGCUUCGCGCAUAGAGUCGUUCAUUGAGACUCGAGUUUCAUUUUUGGAUCAACCAAUUGUGGAACUCAAUUCAAAAAUCGCUGUUCGCGUCGAAUUGGUAUCGAAAAUCGACCAGAAGCUGAGAAUCAACGACGUGGUUGUGUACGUGAAAGCAAAAGGGAGCACUCCUGAAACCGCAUCAGAAGUCGUCCUCUUUGACCCGAUUAGCAUUGGAGCUGUCGAAAUAAGCUCUGCGCAGCCGAUGAAGCGUUUCAUCACGCUGGAUAUUCGGAAAGCCAAACAGAACAUGAUUGUGACGGUUUCCAAAGUGGUUCUUGAGAUUGGAAGCCAAAUACGUGGCAAGCUGGAGUUCGAUGAGAACGCGUUGAAUCGCAAUUUGCACGUGGACAAUGUCAUCGGACUCGAGUUCCUCAAGAUUGGAAGCAUAAAAACCGGAGUGAAACUGGAGAACAAUGUGAAAGUGGACUGUUUGAUCGGAGAAGUAACGAGCACCGAGCUUGUCCUCAGGAACUCGGCCAGAACUCCCUUCCGCAAUCUCAGGUAACCUUGUUUUGAGUACAUAAUUCUGAAAAUCGCUUCAUUGCUCUUCCAGAUUGGAUUUCAAGAGGAGCGAGCAGAAAUUCACCGAAGCGGCCGCCGUAUUAUUCGUCGAGAAAGAAGGAACCGAGCUCAAGUCCGAAUUCUCAAUGAACGUCUGCGAAAAUCUGAAUGGAAACGAUACGGUUAGUUUUUUUUUCAAAUUCAUCUGAAGCGGUCUCAGAACCAUUGUGCGUUUCCGGUAACAGGAUCACGAGAGUACUUGCAUUUUUCUUGGCAAAAAUGAGUUCGAUUGUGUGGGUUUUUCUGUGAAAUUGAAGAAACCCAGCUUUUUGCCAAAUAUAGUAUUUAGUUCCGCGUGACAAAUUAUCUGUUCUCCAUUCAAAUGUUUUCUGCUUCCCAUUUCUCAAGAAGUUUGUAUCUUCUCCCAAAAGUAGAUUUGAAUUCGAUGUCCUUCACUUUUACGGGGUUCCCUUCCCUUAGCGCAUCCCUAAUAUUCAAAGCGUUAUUAGCGAGAGAAUCUUCCCUCCUAUUCAAUUUCUAGAAUCUAUUCCGUGCACACGCCACUCUAUUGACGGCUUUCGUCCACUGUCUCUAGGGGCGCUUACGUGCGUGAUUCCGUUGGAGCUCGCGCGCAGUACGUUGACAUUUACCACUCGUGGUAAACAAGUCGAGUCAAGCACGGGAAUGCGUCAAGAACAGUCCCUUGGGUCACCUUCCAAUUAGUACCUACGUCAGUACGUACGAAUCACGCGGAGUCAUGAAUAUGAGCCAAGAAUAGCUUUAUUAGAAGAGCAGUUGGCGCUGCUCUAAUGAGUCACUGAAAGACUUGUUUCAGAUAUCGGUUCCGCUGAUGUUUUCGGCUCAACUGAUCGGAGAAUACACUCUCCAAUUAGAAUUGGCAUACACGUAUGAGGAAGACGGCGAGAACAAGGAAGUGACAACGAUUCUGGAGGUCGGAGUGAAUGCCAAGGAGCCGUUCGUUGUGACGAGUAGCGUGAUGAACAUGAACGGAAUCCCUCUGACAUCGAUACUGAACAACAAUAAUCACAUUCUGAACGUGAAAAUCGAGUCGGCGGCGGUCAUCGUGAUAUCAUCUGUUGAGUUCCUUAUGGCUGACGUUGUCACUCUUUGCGAUACGACGAACGGCGGAGCCGGAAAAAAUCUGAAUGGUUAGGCUCCUAAAAAGGCCCUUAUUCUGUGUAUCCUUGAGAAUUGCUUUUUCAGAUGAAGUUGAUGAGGAAGAAGCGGUGUGCUACUCCGCUGUGAUCUGUGUGUUCGUCAAGGAAGACGAAUCGGAGACCCCUCUCGGACGUCUUUCUGUCGAAUGGAAAAGGUGCGUGCUCUUUGUGCUCUAUGUGCGAGCUUUCGGAGGAAGAAGUCGACACCUUUCUGACUGGUCUGCGUUUUCAGCGGUAAUUUUGGGAUUACCAGUCAGAAGUGGGUGGGGUAGUCACACUUGUAUCUAAAAAGUAAUUAUUUUUCUGAAAGUGAAAAAUACAUUUCUGUAAAAUGUGUAUUGAUCUGCCUGGUUCUCUGAAAGACAAAGCUUAAAUAAGGUGACUCAUGCGACCCCCUGGCCAAGUUUCCGGAGAAUAAAAUGUAGCUCGGAAUCGGCCUAAAUCACACAUCCUACACGACCUACGCUCUCGAGCAACCUUUCCGGUCCUAGUUCCGCUUAGCAACACCGACUAAAAACUUUUAAAACCCCUCUGAAAGAGAUGUUUACUGGAAGCGGCGAGCACAAUUCACAUCCUGCCUGGUACCGACUUGGGUGAUACACAAAUGAGAUGUAUUCGCGGAUGUCAAUGGAAAACAUAGGAAAUUAGUCUGUGCGGGAUGUUAAUGCUACAAGUGACAAGGCUGACAUCAUUUCACUGAUCGGAAAGCUCUGAAAAUAGCCAACGCUAUUAAAAUGACGAUCAAAAUGAUGCGAGGAGAGGAAGCCAUGACGUGGUUUUCGAUUGUUCCUGAAAUAACACGGAAAAGUAGUAGGCCAGAGUUUCGUUUAUUUUACCGGUUAGUUGGUCCAAAAAUCGAAAUUCGCUCACUUCUUGUGUAUAACCUUUGAGAGAGAGGGCACCCCGAAAUGGAACUGCCCAGAAUAUUUCGGGACAAUUCUAUUCCUUUCAGUACAGUUAUAUUCUGGAGCAUAUUUCGUGAUAGUUUUAUUCUGGGGCAGUUCUAUUCCGGCCAGUUCCAUUUCGAGAUGCUCUCCUUUGAGAUUGGUUGUGGCGACCUACCUGAAAUUCGGCAGAAAAUACCUGUUUAGACACCCGCCAUGACCCAGAAUAGAAACGCACUUCACUCUUCCCAAUUCCUCCAGAACACUCAUUCCGAAAAUCCGAAGUCUCACUCCUCGAGAACCUCUUUUGGAGUUUGCAGUUGUAUCCGCCGGGAAAAAGACAGCGGAUCACCGCUGACAUCAUCUCAUAGUACUAUUCCCUCACAUUGACGUCCGAAAACUAUUUUGAGAUCUCUCCACUUCGAACUAUUCUCUGUUUCACAAGUGAUUCCUGACGCAGUUGAAAAGGUAGUAAAGUCAUCAUCAUUAUCAUGAUUGGUAUGAAGUGAGGACGUAGUUUCACAUUUUUAAAUGCCAAAGAACCUCGUUGCUCUUUCUGAAGAGUCGAUGACUAAUCUUUUCUCACGUGAAUCAAAUGGUUUUUGCUUCUCUAGCGAAAAUGUCAACAACUAAUAACAAGUUAAAAGAGUAUUGUAGUCUUAAUACGUUUUGAAGCCUACUGUAGAAAAUUGUAGACGUGAAUGAGUAAUGCAACAAGUGUGGUUUGAAAACUGGGGGUACAUUCUACGAAAGACCUCGAAUCAUACGAAAAGUCCGGAGAGGUCUAACAUUAAUUUUCAGGUCCGUUCCGAACGCGUGUCUCGUUCGUUCCGUGGUUCCGCUGUGCCGAAUUCCAGUGCUCGCAUGUCCGAUUUCCAUCUCGUCCCACAUCAAAACUAGCCCUCCGACUGUCCGCCAACCAAUCGAAAUCUGUUUCGAGCUCAGAAGCCAUUCGAAAGAGGUAUUGGACGAUUGAGCAAUCCCACAAGCAAUUCGGUUUUCGAAAAAAUAAACUACCCUUCCUCUUGCUGAUACGGAUUAUUCUCCAGAUUCGUAUUGUUAUUGUGAAAAGCAAGGUCCUAGCUGUAAACGAACUGCGUAACAGUCUCCAGAGACAAUUAUCCAUUGAGCUCUGGUCCUAGUGGGCGAUAACAAGCGUACAAACUUUGUUCCUGACAUGAAUUGAUCAAAUAGGAAUCAAGAAUAUUUCAGCCGAUCGAGAUCACCACAAACUUUGACCUCAACGAUGUGUUCAUGUUCAGUGGCGAACGGAAGGUAAUGAUGGGAAACUGGCGUACUUUCUCACAAACUCUUUACUGCGAGAUAAAACUUCGUGGGAAUCUCAAAAGAUAUUUCGAAACUUUUUUGCUAAAAAUUUCAGUUUUCAAUUUUCUCCCCCGGUAGUCUUCGGCAUUGGGCAUUGUACCAGCUGAUGUCAUAUUUUGACAGCAUAAACCGUUGCCACACGACGAUCACGAUUGGAACAAUAAUUAAGCGGGUCCGUCCUCCCGACUCUAGACACAGCUUAAUUAUUUGUGUCUACCAAUACGGCAAGACAGGUGGCAUGUCUGGUCGGAGGACUCAAUUGGAGUUUUUGGUGUGGUGGUAAUACAAUAAGCGGAUCAGAGUGUCUGAGCCCCCGUCGGCGGAAACGUGCGGUAAAUGAGUCCGUCCACUUGGACAGUCCAUCUUAAUAAUAUUCUGGAAAAUGGUGAUGAUCAAAACAAGGAAAAAGUGAGAGAGAAUCGCGUUUUCAGGUGACUGUGAACGUCCUUCCGGAAAGCACGCGACGAGUCAACGUUAUUGUGAUGGCACUCAGCGCCGGCCGUCUCAACUUCCCCAAAAUCUCGUUGAAGUGAGAACCCCCCCCCCCCAGCAGUUUUCGUGUUCAUUCGAACAUGCAUUUCCUUUCAGAUCUGCCCAAGUAUCCGACCAAAUCCUUCAACAAGUGCUCAGAACCUUGCCCGCUUCAAUCUAUGUUCUUGUAAGUGGGGGUGUCGCUUUCCAAACCGGAAAACCAUUUGCUCACGCGCCCGUUUCCUGAAGGUCAACGGAUGGAAGUUUGAGGCCAGACCAGGAGAGAAAUAAACUUUUACUGAAACUAGAUCGAUUUCCGUUGUGUCAGAGAAAGGAAACAAACUUGGAAAUUGGUUUUCAUUUUGAAAUUGUUUUUGUUUCGGAAAUCGCUCCGGAUGUUAUUUAAAUGAUUCACACCGUAGGGCUGGAAUGUUUGAGCUUUUGAUUUCUGGGAGCUAGUCAACCUUCAACGUUCAAGUUUUCCAACGAGACUAGAUUGAAGCGAACUAGGAAUUCAAAAAUCAGAACUGGAACAACUUUUGCCCUUUCGAAGUUGUCUGCCACCCUCGCCCAGACCGGAAAUUAGUUUAUGUUUUUUUGCUUGGCCCUUGACAUUAACAUUUCCGGAAUUCUUUCUAAGGGGAAGUAUAACUGGAAAACAAUUCCGAACGAUGUCAGGUUGCAAAGUUCACUUUGUGCGCGAGACAUUUGUCUCGGAAUAUUAACGAAUUCCAAGAGAAUCCUUAUGUUUUCAGCCGAAGGUCAAGGAAAUGCAUUAG